CUUACGAAAGACACACGAAGUAAAUAGCUACAAAAUGAUAGUGUUCUAUCCCAUUUUCACUGUCAUAUUUGCCUUUAUAUAUUUAUUGUAUUAUUAUGUAACUAAGAAUCAUGAUUAUUGGAAGAAGAGAAAUGUGCCCUACCUAAAACCAUCAAUAUUAUUCGGAAAUUAUAAGGAAUAUAUCUUAUUCAGAAAAUAUUUUCCGAAGGUUGCGCAAGAUAUUUGCCGAAAAUUUCCGACUGAGCCCUACGUUGGAGUUUUCUACGGCACGGAUCCCGCUCUCAUCAUCAAAGAUCCUAACCUCAUCAAACUUGUGAUGGCAAAAGAUUUUUAUUACUUUAACUACAGAGAGAUUUCUCAGCACACACACAAGGAGUUAAUUACACAGAAUAUGUUCUUCAACGGAGGUGACACAUGGAAAGUGCUACGUCAAAAUUUAACGGCGUUGUUUUCAUCUGCCAAAAUGAAAAAUAUGUUUCCUUUGAUUGAAUCUUGUGCCAGCGUUUUAGAAGACGCGUUAAAUAGAGAAAUGACCAAUCAAAAUACAAUUGAGAUCAAAUCACUUUUAGCAAGAUACACCAUGGACUGUAUCGGAUCGUGUGCUUUUGGUAUAAACACCGGUACAUUGGCGGAAAAAUCGCCUUCUAACCCAUUUACUAUUAUGGGCGAAAAAUUAUUUGAUGUUUCAAACUACGGAGGAUUCCGAUUGGUCAGCCGUGCGAUGUGGCCCGCCCUCUUUUAUAGAUUAGGGUUCACAUUGUUCGAACAUAAUAUAACGCACUUUUUCAAAAAACUAUUAACUGAAGUUUUUGAAAGCCGCCAGUACAAGGAGUCGUCGAGAAAUGAUUUCGUUGAUCUCAUCUUAGGUUGGAAGAAAAAGUCAUACUUAAGUGGCGACAGCAUAACUAACUUCAAUACUGGAGCUAAGACGACAAUAAGCCUGAAUGUAGAUGAUAAUUUACUGAUCGCUCAGUGUAUACUCUUCUUUGCUGCUGGAUUUGAAACAACGUCAACUACUACAAGUUUUUUACUUUACGAACUAGCAAAGAGAAAAGAUGCUCAGACUCGAGUGCUUGAGGAAAUCGACGACUAUUACCAAAGACACGAAGGCAAGAUAGAAUACGAGUGUAUCAAUGAGAUGCCGUUUGUUCAAGCGUGCAUUGACGAAACACUUCGUAUUUACCCUGUCCUGGGUGUUCUCACUCGCGAAGUAACGGAAAACUAUACUCUUCCCACAGGUCUGCUUUUAGAGAAAGGAACUCGUAUCCAUAUACCUGUAUACGAUUUGCAUCAUAACCCAGAAUACUUUCCGGAUCCUGAAGAAUUUCGACCAGAAAGGUUCUUGAGUGAAGAAAAAAAGAAUAUCAAACAAUACACUUAUAUGCCCUUUGGUGAAGGACCUCGGAUAUGUAUAGGAUUGCGUUUCGCGAAGAUGCCGAUAGUUGCGGGUCUUCUUACAAUAUUGAAGAACUAUAGCGUCGAGCUCGCUGAGGGCAUGCCUCAAACGAUUGAUUUUCAACCACGAGCCCUCGUUACUCAGGCGAUGCAAAGAAUUAAUAUUAAGUUAAUACCUCGUAAAUUAUAAAUGAUGUAUAAAAUACA